GCGCGCCCGCGGUGGCCGGCGCUGCGUCCGGCGUCCUCUCGGGCCGGGUGGCCGGCUGCCCCGCCCGCGUCCCGCGUCCGCCGCCCCGUCCCGCGUCGCCGCCCGCGUCCCCGCGCCCCGCCGCCGUUGGGCCGCGCCGCGCCGCCAUGUCGGGCCCCGGGCCGCGGGAGCCGCCGCCUGAGGCGGGCGCGGCGGGCGGCGACGCGGGCCCCGAGGGCGCGGGCGGCGGGGACGCGGCGCUCGGCGAGCCGGGGCUGAGCUUCACGACCACCGACCUGAGCCUGGUGGAGAUGACGGAGAUCGAGUACACGCAGCUGCAGCACAUCCUCUACUCGCACAUGGAGGCGGCCGACGGCGAGCUCGAGGCGCGCCUCAGCUCGGCGCUGCUGGCGGGCCCGGGCGCGGGCGCGGGCGCGGGCGUGGGCGCCGCGCCGCCCGUCUACCCGGUGCUGUGCCCGCCCGCGCUGGCGGCCGACGCGCCCUGCCUGGGCCACAUCGACUUCCAGGAGCUGCGCAUGAUGCUGCUGAGCGAGGCGGGCGCGCCGGGCGCGGGCGCGGCCGAGAAGACCCCGGGCGGCGCGGACGCGGCCGGGGCGCGGGCCCGGCCCGACGGCGCCAAGGAGGGCGCCGCGGCCGCGGGCCCCGACGGCGCCCCCGAGGCCCGGGCCAAGUCGGCCGUGCGCGUCCGCCUGGAGGACCGCUUCAACAGCAUGCCCGCCGAGCCGCCGCCCGCGCCGCGCGGCCCCGAGCCCCCGGAGCCGCCGGGCGUGGCGCUCAACAAUUUGGUGACUCUGAUCCGACACCCGUCCGAGCUGAUGAACGUGCCCCUGCAGCAGCAGAGCAAGUGCACGGCGCUGGUGAAGAACAAGAGCGCGGCCGCCACGGCGCUGCAGUUCAGCUACCCGCUCUUCACCACCGGCGCCUGCUCGGCGGGCGGGCCCUCGGGCCUGGCGCCCACGCAGAGUUCGGGCGGCGCCUGCUCCAUGCUGGAGGCCGCCAAGCACCAGGACGUGGGCCUGCCCCGCGCCUUCUCGUUCUGCUACCAGCAGGAGAUCGAGUCCACCAAGCAGACGCUGGGGAGCAGAAACAAAGCGCUGCCCGAGCAGGUCUGGAUCAAAGUGGGAGAAGAAGCGCUAUGUAAACAGGCCAUCAACAAGCGGAAUCGGAGUCGGAUCCGGCAGCUGGACGCGAGCACGGAGCGCAGAGCCCUCGGGGAGAUCCAGAACGUGGGCGAGGGCCCCGCGGCCGCGCAGGCCUGGCAGUCCUCGGAGUCCUCGCAGUGCCCCCUGGGGGAGCAGGCCCAGAGCGGGCCCCAGGGCGGGAGGUCCCAGCGCCGGGAGAGGCACAACCGGAUGGAACGAGACAGAAGGCGCAGAAUCCGCAUUUGUUGCGACGAGUUGAAUCUCUUGGUUCCGUUCUGCAACGCGGAGACGGACAAGGCGACGACGCUGCAGUGGACCACGGCGUUCCUGAAGUACAUUCAGGAGCGGCACGGAGACGCCCUCAAGAAGGAAUUUGAGAGUGUGUUUUGCGGUAAGACCGGCAGAAGGCUGAAGCUGACCAGGCCGGACUCACUGAUCACCUGUCCCGCACAGGGCAGCCUGCAGGGCAGCCCCUCGAUGGAGAUCAAGUGACGGACUGAACAGGAGUCCUCAGGCAGCGAGCGGCCGUCCCUCCGCGAUCCAGAGGGUUCCCUGGUCCUGGAGCUGACCGUCUGGCUCGAGGGGGACCCGACUCAGGUUGAUGGGCUCCAGCAGGGCCCCUGAGAGCACACUCUGUAGAACAGGCUCUCCUGGCACGCAACACGGCCCACGCACGGCCCACAGGCUCCCCGGGCUCCAACAUGGCCCACGCACGGCCCACAGGCUCCCCGGGCUCCAACAUGGCCCACACAUGUUAUGACAGCACACUCUGCCGUCUCCACACACACCAGCCCACACACGGGGCCGCUGUCUCCCCUGGCACACAACACCGGCCCACUCGUGGCCCGUGAGAGCGCGCUCUGCCUGUCUCACACAACACCGGGCCCCGUGGAAGCACACUCUGCCACAGUCCGCACGCAACACCAGCCCACUCGUGGCUGUGAGACCAUUCGGGGUGAUGACAUCUUGACAAUUAGUAAUUUUCAGUGAUCUGAUUGCAUCAUGUUUCCUCAACAUGAUACCUGGAAGGGUUACAUCCUGUGUAAUUUCUUUCGUCCUAGAAGGUGCCUUGCUUUUUACUUAUUUCAUUUACAUUUUAAACCUGCCCCUCCAGCAGCUGGAACAAGUUACAUUGUUCUUAGGUAGUAGUAGUUCGGAAAUUUUAUUUGCUUUGUUGUCGCUCCCCUUGGUGACGGCGCCGUGCUGCAAGGGGCGGUCCUAAAUAAACUCCCCAGAGACCCCUGCAAAGCCACUCCGUCCGUAAGAGCGAUAUUGUCAGUAGAACGCUCAGUGUGCGCAUUCCACACUGAGAGUCAUUAUUUUAUGUGCAAUAAACUGCAGUGUUUGGACCCGA